AUGGUUCCUAUGAUAUUCUUGACAGCCUUGAUCCUGGCUGGUUUCAGUACGGCUAAAUUUGUCAAAGUCGAAGAUACUUCUGUCCUUCCAGUCGGAUGGGAAAAGAUCGACCAGGCUGUCGAUCCUAGCCAUACGUUGCGGCUCUCUAUCGCUUUGCGACAGCCUGAUAUCGACAACCUGAAGACGAACCUACGAAGACGCGAUUGUACAUCUGGGAAAUACACACAGGACCACCUCACCCAAAAAGAGGCACUCGCCCUCCGAGAUCCGGAUCAAAAAGAUGUCGGCCAGGUACUGGGAUGGCUGAAGAGUAAAGGAGUCGCAGCAAAGGCAACGUCGGACAAAGAUUGGAUUCAUGUCAAGACAACUGUCAAAGCAGCGGAAGAUCUACUCGAUACCAAAAUUGGCUUUUACAAGUUUGAGGACCAAAGGCCUGUUCUUCGGACAAACCAAUAUUCGGUACCUGAAUCUGUUGCCGAUGCCGUCAUCUUCAUUCACCCGAUUGCCAACUUCAUGCGACCCAAGAAGGAACUCACCACUCCCGAUCCAGCUCUGACACCAAGCAUCCUUGAAAGCCUACAGCUCGAGAAGCGUGCCACUCCUUGCAGUCGGGCUGUUACCCCCGACUGUCUCCGUGAGCAAUACAACAUCAGCUACCCUGCUUAUAAUGGUAGCUCUCAAAUUCGCUUCGGUAUUGCUGGUUUCCUGGAGGAGAACGCCAACUACGAAGACAGCAACGACUUUCUCAGAAUCUAUGCAAAGCCGCUUUACGAAGCCCGUUACAACUUCUCGGUCCAGUUGAUCAAUGGUGCGAACAACUCGCAAGAACUUUUUGACUCAGGAAAUGAGGCAGCUCUUGAUGUUCAAUAUGGUAUGGCCCUGGGCUAUCCGACUAACAUCACUUACUAUCUUGCCGAUGGCCGUGGGCCUACCUUGGACGACGAAGGUGAAGAACUUCCCGAGGAGUACAACGACAAUGAACCCUAUCUUGAAUUCCUCGAUUAUCUUCUUGAUCUAUCUGACGAUGAGAUCCCUCACGUCCUCUCCAUCUCUUAUGGCGAUAACGAAGUCUCAGUUCCUCGCAAGUACGCCGAGCGUGUUUGCUCCUUGCUCGGUCUUCUGACAGCACGUGGUACAACCAUUGUGGCAGCUUCUGGUGAGUGGUGCGACAAGGACGUUACCAUGUCUGUAUUCCCCGCAACUUGUCCAUGGGUCACAAGCGUUGGCGGCGUCACUUCUGGGGUCGAACCCUUUGAAGGUGCUGAGUUCAGUGGAGGCGGGUUCUCUCAGUACUUCCCUCGCGAGAAGUGGCAGGAUUCUUCCAUCAAGAGCUAUGUCAAGGCUCUUGAUGGCCAUCUCGACGGCCAUUAUAACGCCAGCAACCGAGGAGUGCCUGACAUUUCGAUUUCGGCCACUAGUUUCAUCACUCGCUUGAAAGGACAGGCAGUUGGUCUUAGAGGCACCAGCGCAAGUGCGCCUGUCGUCGCAGCUAUGCUUGCGCUUGUUAACGACGCGCGUGUUCGAAAAGGCAAAGAAGUGUUGGGCUGGCUCAAUGAAGUUCUAUAUUCUGAGGAAGUGCAAGCAGCUCUCCAGGAUGUUACCAAAGGAGAGAGCCGAUCGUGCGAUUUCAGAAAUGGUGGCAGCCCAGGAGGCUGGCCGGCAGCAAAGGGCUGGGAUGCGAUCACGGGCCUGGGAGUUCCAUCUGAUUUCCAGAAACUGUUUGACGUGUUGGUCGAUAUCUGA